GAGGUUCCUUCUGUUUUCCCCGUGUACAUUUGGCUGCAUUCACAUGGAAUGCGAUAUACACCGGGGCGACUACUGGGUGGGUGUCCUUGUGGGUGUGCAGCCUGCAGCUUGUUGGGUGCUGAAUGAUGUACUUUGAUGCUGGCCGUCAGCAGGAUGCUGCACAGUUGGUGGGAGGUGGGGCCCAGGUCACUGGCGUGCAGUGUACGGCCUGAACAAAAAGCAAGACUAAACUGCACGAAGCAAACAUUCGUGCCCUGCCUCUGUGGCAAAAACUGCGUACCAGGCUACAUGGACGAGACGCGAUCAAUUGCAAACAUGGCGACCCAACGACGAUCAAGUAACAUCCCGUUAGUUCUGGUUGUCAGUUUGUUGACGCCAUUGCCAUUACAACUGGCACUUGAAGAUUACGCUGUGCCGACACCGCCUAGGGUCGUUCAGUAUCACGGUACCAUGAGGGCGGGCACUAUGAUUGCUGUGGUUUUAGGCUGCGUCAUCGUUCCUAUUGGACUCAUUGAAUUUCUGAUUUUGAUGAUUAGAUUUUGUAUGACAACCUGGAAACAUCGCCACCAGUCUUGGCCUGCAGUGACCAGCUUGUUUCCUGAAAGGCCACGGGACACGAGAUUAAACGACAGCGUAAAGACUCCGUCUUCGUGAAAGCUGACUCUGAAGACGAGCCUGGCGUCCCACAAGACCGUUCAAGCUUAGAAAGUAGGUCAUCGCAAGAAUUGAUCGAAAUGUUAUGAAGACAUUCUAUGCAUGGCCUGAGCUGAGACACCACGCAUUGGUAUCACAACCAUCCCUGACCCCCCCCCCCCCGUGCUGCCGACGACCGCGGUGCUUCAACACGGGGGACUGCCUGUCGUUGACCAAAUAACGCCUGGAGGAGAGUCUAAUCAGCUUGCGCAAAGACGAUAGAGCGGAUUGUGCCCAUGGGCUGUUGUGGAGGGAACUUCGACAUCUCCAGUGCAUUUGCCCGUGGGUCACUCCAUGCACCAAUCAUUGGUGUGUGGUUGCACCUGUGACAACGUCGACAAAGUCCAGCGCUUCCACUCCUGAUCUUGUGGUGCGUCGAGCGUAGCCCAGUGGCCUUUAAACCAAAUGCAGAGGGAGUCGCUCUUUAGAUUUCACCGCUUCCUGGACAAAAAUACACCUGUUCGCAUUUGAAAGGGGAGAAGUUUGCAUCAUGCAGGCUUUGGGUAAGCUGCAUUGCCGGAUUGAUUCUUACCCUAUGAUCUGAACACGAAUGAAAUGGUUGAUCGACAUAUCUGUGCAUAUGUUUGACGAAACACGCUGAAAGUUAUUAUUUUUCUGCAAGUGGAGGUAAAUCUGGUGUGCACCUGUACGCAACAAGUACGAUGUGAGUGACUGUAUUGGAACUUCAAGUAUGUCCAUGUUGUAGGCUCCAAUCUUGGUACGUUCUCUAGAGAGUAUUUCAUUUGUGACAUCAGAAGAGACAUCUGUUGAAAUUCAAUUGGUCUUCUUGACAGCAGGCAUCAAAGCUUUUGUUUUUGAGAGGGAGCAGUAACAACUCCAGAAUCUUUGACGUUGUACUGUAUUCGAGCCGUCGCAUACAUACUGUGGAGCGACCAAUUACAGAUUGCAGUCUUCGACAAUACUCUCAUCGUGAAUGAGCGACGACUUAGUCCGCUCAUCAGCCUGCAGUUUUUGUCCAAUCUACCGUUCGCUAAACUAUAGUAGGCCAACUGAAGAUUUCAGCUUUCAGCUGUGGACCUUGACGGCGUGGAAGUCUUGACUGCUAUCACGUUACGUGACAAGUGGCUUGUUCACGGUCGGGUUGAAGUGAAGAGUCCUCCAGUAUGAAUCUGGUCAGACGCUCGGCGUUGCCUCUUACGAUAGUGGUUGUUGGCUUUCUCGCAGGGAAAACGAUGGGUAAAAAAUAUGAGGAAGAGCAACUCGAUCCUUCCUCAAAGGAAAUGGAGAUUUGUAGGAACUUCACUGUCCCAUCCCCGAUGCCUAACGAUGGAAGCCCAAGAUGCAAUCGAAGCUAUGAUACCGUUUUGUGCUGGUUGGAGGCUCCAGUUAACACCACAGUUAAGCGGCUUUGUCCGUAUACGACACAUUUCGCUGAGCCAGAAUUUGCGUAUAGGUUCUGUGACGAGAAUGGCGUGUAUGAUGAUUGGACCAACUACUCGCUGUGCACGAUUUCUCUUCAGCCCGAUACUAAAAAUAAGGAUCUGGGAGUGCUUCAUAUUGUGUAUAGCAUAGGAUACUCACUAUCACUGGUUGCACUGACCGUUGCUAUGGCAAUAUUUAUUUAUUUUAAAAAACUACGGUGUCCUCGAAACACAAUCCACAUGCAUCUGUUCGUGUCGUUCAUCUUGAGGGCGGUGUUUGUAUUCGUGCGUGACAUCAUUUCUGGAGUCAUCCUUAACAUUGGUGACGAAAGCUUUACACAUCACAGCAAUUUGAAUCAUUCAGUCAACCCCGUCAGCACACCAGAGGACAUCCCGUGCUCUCGGGUGCUGACCAUAGCCAUCAGUUUUUGUCAAUACGCACUAGUCUCCAACUACUACUGGCUGCUCGUUGAGGGCGUCUACCUUCAUGCCUUGAUCACGUUGGCAGUAUUCUCGGAAUCUUCAUCUCUUAAGCUGUACAUUGCUUUGGGGUGGGGUGUUCCAAUUUUAUUUGUUGUUCCAUGGGUAAUAGCAGAGGAAUAUACCAAUGAAGGCAGAUGUUGGCUAUCGAACAUGACCGAAGGAACUGUUUACUGGAUUAUCAAAGCCCCUGUGAUGUGGUCUGUCGUGAUCAACUUCAUCCUUUUUUUGAACAUCUUACGUGUUUUGGCGACCAAGCUGAGUGCUACCAACGCCGCUGAAGCCAGAAGGUAUAGCAAGCUGGCCAAAUCUACACUGGUCCUAAUUCCGCUGUUUGGAGUGUAUUACAUCAUCACCAUUGGCAUGUACGCUACUGAAGAACCUAUUGUGGUCAAGUUGCGCAUGUAUAUAGAGUUGGGCAUGUCUUGCCAGGGAUUCUUAGUGGCCGUGCUGUACUGCUUCAUGAACGGUGAAGUGAGAGCUGAAAUCAGAAGAAAGUGGCGAGUUCGACAGCUAAAUCGGACACUGAGUACGCAUCGGUCAUUACGUAAUGGUCACUCUCGUUCGUCCUUCUCAACUCCAUCCCGUCAGGAUUCCUUAAAGGAACCUCUCAGAGAUCCCACAACGGCCGAUAAGAACUCAAUUAAGUCUAAACUGCGAGCUCUGAAACGCCAAGCCUUUGGUCCAUACCACAAUCUCAACGGCCAUGUUGGAAAUGGAAACAUGGCCCGACCUAGCCAGACGGCUGUGAGUGAAAUUGAUAAUGACAGUGACUUUGCCGAACGCGCCAGAACCUCAUCAGAGGUCCGUCCAGUCAGACACGCUGCAGAUAUUGAACCGAACGAAAAGACGGCUAUGAGUGCACAACCGUCAUACUUCAAUCGGCCAGAGAAUACACCCACAGUCGUUAUCGACGAAGCCAAAGAUUCGGAUGAUGGGUACGACGGAGACAUGUACAAUCCAAACGAUGUCGGGAAUCAUGAGAUCAAGGUUGAGAUCGACCACGAGGUAAUCGAAAGCUGUCCAGCAGAGGCUUGUAUUGAAGGCGGAUGUGAACUUGGGCGCGCCUAUCCAAAUAUUGAAACAGAAGUGUAAAAAUAGCAGACACAUGUUUUGCAUGUAGACUUCAUGCUAUUGUGUUAUCACAAUAACACCAAUGUAAAUUAAUCAUCAUGAAAGUAAGUUGUAUAAUACUGCAUGUGAAUGAAUCUGUUAAUGUCCAAUUGUGCCUGCCAAGUGUCUUGACACCUUUGGUAAAACAAAAUACAUGGAUGUUUAUACCUAUUACCACAUUCUGACCGUAAAGUUGUCUCUGAUGUCGGCAAAAUAAUGAAACUUUGGAAAUAAUCAUGUAACAGUUGUUGAUGUCAUUUUGAAAACACAUAAUUCACGAAACAUGGAGAUUGUGCUUUGACUCAGAUUGGAACAAGAACCGUGUGAAAUGUUUGGUUUAAAACUUGCCCGUUGAACAGAUAGAAAGUUUGUAUGUGAAAGAGAAUAAUGUGACAAAAUCGAUGGUAUUAGGCCUAAUUUGACUGUUUUCUGCUGAAAUUUCCAUUCUCCUACCACGCACAGUUUAAGUGUUUUCACAAGGGACCGAUCAACUUGGAUAACAUUUCUUCAAUUCAACAGACACGAAGUUUUGUCUGUGUUGAAGAGAAUUCCGUAUGUAUACACCAUUAAUUUCUCAGCCUUAAUAAUGUCAGCCAUUAGAAAGUGAUAACAUGUUCUAAAAGUCAAAUUUAGCAGGGAAUAUUUUGAAGCUUGUACUUGGGAAACGGGAUGACGAUAACUAUAUGAUAAGUGUAUUUUUUCUGUUAUUUACAAUGCUCUGAUAGUUAAAUCUAGUGGUGUUAUUUCGAGAUUGGAAUCAACAUUUAGGACGAGUCACCCUCUUUGAGGGACUUCAACCUUUGUUUUAGCAAUUUUAAAUGAAAAAAGUGCUAAGGUAACCGGGAAAACCGAUAUCAUUUUAUGUCAAAGGAUACAUUUCCGUGCAACUUUUUUUUUUAAAAUACAUAUCACGGAUGCACUCAGCCAUCAGUCAUUUGUAUGUAAAAGUUGAAAACUUGUUUCUGUUAAUGCCGUUUUUGUUUUAACAAUAUACAGGUUUUGGCAAUUGUGGGUCCGAAUAUGUAUUUUAACAGACCUGUAAUUCUUUUAAAACGUCUACUUUAAAAUGCUACUAUUCUUUCGAUUUUCCCAACUGUGUACUUUCUUAAACAGACAGUAGUAACUUUCUGUAGAACUUCACAUUUCGAUUUAAAUUUGAUACAUUGACAAACUUCAAGUCUUUUAUUAAAUUUUGUAAACGGGCAAAUGUAUUUGAGUAUUGUGUGUUGAAAGCUAGUGUUUUAAAUGCAUCAAUAUCUCAUGAAAACAGUUGCUAGUUCAUAGGAAAACCUUUUGAUUUUUUGUCGGAUUCUCUUUAAUUAGAUUAUUUUGUGUGCGGAUCUGACUUCAAUGUCGCAAGUCAACCUUCAUCAAAUUUUGUUUCUGGCUCUUUCCAAAUACAGUUUCACAUACGUUGAUCUACAAUACAUGUAAUUGGAUUCCUGAUACAAUCAUAGCUACGAACUAAGUACUAAGACGAACAAAAAUAUGUUGCAUUUUGUAAAAGUUCACACUUUUUACAAAAUGCAACAUAUUUUUGUUAUAUUAAGUCAACUAAAAUACGAAACGGGGACAUUGUGAGAUUUUUUAACAGUGCAGACUCCUUUUAUUAAUCAUUGAAUAAAUCGUAACAACCUGCAGCAGUUGGUUCAGGAUUAAUUAACAAAUAAUUUUGUAUGGCACUUCUUGUCUUUUUGUGCUAGUUGAAGGAAGUAAUGUACAUACUGGUUAUAUUCUGACGUCAAAUCAUCUUGUACAAGUGUAGAAUGAAUAAUAACAUUAUAUAUCUCAGUCUUGCCUUUGUCAAAAGAUAUAUAAACGCUAUGAAAAUGAAAUAGUAUGAAUUAAAAUUCCUUUUAAAUCAUUGAGUGAAAACAAUGAUUUGGGAUUUUUGUGUAAAAAGGAGAUCUAGGGUUUUUGAGGUACCAUGAUGUGUAAAGACUAUUAUUCCAUACCCAUUGCAUGUAUAAUAUAACCAUUCAAAAAGGAUGUCAUACAUUGUGAAAUAUUAAUUUCUGUCAUAAUAAGCUAUGGAAAAUAAAUAAUGUUAAUAAA